UGGGGGGGGAGUAAGAUGGCCGCUAUGAAAAUUUUAACCAGCGCGGGGCUCUUCUUGGCGUUCUGCGCGCUGGGGCUGCUCGCCAUGGCGAUCUGCACCGACUACUGGUACGAGACCGACGCGAGGAGGCACCGGGAGAGGUGCAAGAACUACGCCAACAAGCGGAACGACCCCGGGUACAUCUACAUCUCCAACCACAACCUCCCGCUCCAGAUGCCUCCUCCGAACAGCGUGGCGAGGACGGGCAGCGGCCCCGGCGCGCUCGCCAGGGGCAAACGCCACUUUCUGACCGGCGCGUCGGCCAUGGAGACCCACUGCAGCCGCCAGUUCAACUCCACCAUAUCGGGGCUCUGGAGGAAGUGUCACCGGGAGGGGUUCGACCUGGAGACCGAGGAUCUUAUUUACAAAGGAUUAAUUCAGAGAUGCACCCCAGUGAAGUACCACUACUCUUCCUCCAUCCUCCCAAGAAAUUUACCCAUCAACAUUACCAAGACCAUACGACAGGAUGAGUGGCAUGCGCUCCAUCUGCGGAGAAUGACGGCCGGCUUUGUGGGCAUGGCUGUGUCCAUUAUUCUGUUUGGCUGGAUUAUUGGAGUGCUGGGAUGUUGUCAGCAGCAUGACCUCAUGCAGUAUGUAGCUGGACUACUCUUCCUCAUGGGAGGAACAUGCUGCAUCAUCUCCCUGUGCACCUGCGUGGCAGGAAUCAACUUUGAGCUGUCGCGCUACCCCCGCUACAUGUACGGUCUGCCAGAAGACAUUAGCCAUGGCUAUGGCUGGUCCAUGUUCUGUGCCUGGGGGGGGCUCGGCCUCACCUUGCUGGCCGGCUUCCUCUGCACCUUGGCCCCCUCCCUGAGCACGCCCGCUCGCACGACGACCCACAAGCCGAGGCAGGAGAACGGCACCGUCUGAUGGGGCCCGGGCGUCAUCCAGUGACUGAUCCAUGGAAGAGAAGGAAAAAAAAAGAAAAAAGGAAAAAAAAAAGGAAAAAAAAAAGAAGAAGCACAAACCACACCCUCUCCAGCUUGUCUGUUUAACCGUUCAAAACAAUCUGCGUCUCGUCCACCGUCUCACGCCGCCAUCGCCGUCCCACAAGUGUUCAGUGUGUCCGAGCUGUGCCAGAAGGAGCCGAGCGACGGACGGACUUCACCGCACCUGCUCCCCGAGGUCCUCGCGGGAGCUUCCCCCUUUUCCGGGAACACUAAGAAUAACACAUCAUAACACAGCGUCGCUCUCAGAGCAAGGAGAAGGACGAGAAAAAGACGUUUUCUUUCUUCAGACUUGGGACUUCACACGUCAACUUAGAGGCGGCCUGAGGGCGACCUUUUCUCCUAAAGAGGAUGUCUUAAAAUGGUGCUCUCUCUAAUGCUUAUACCACAUCCCACACUCAACAUCCCUCUCUCUCUCUCUCCCUCUCGCUCUCCCUCUGUUCCUC